AUGUAUCGAUCGAUGUCUAUCUUAGCAGCACGCCGACGAGAUCGGAUAAAUUUUACACCGCCUAUAACAUCGAUACCAAAUACGACAAAAAUAUUGAGGAACACUCGUUAUCGUUUUCCAAAAUCAACAGUUUUAAAAAAUUUUCCUGCAGCUAGUCGAUUGGAUGCUCGACGACAGCUUGAAAAAUGGAUUCCCCAACGGCGUACGCAAAUAGAAAGAAAACAGGAAGUGACCACUUUACGCUUGGCGACGUUACCAUUAGUUACCUCAUGA